GCCAGUGUCUCCGGCGGGUCGUGUGUGUGUGUGUCCGUCCGUCUCCGACGUCUCCCUCAAGGAACCUUGCAACCCAUAUAUAUUUGUCUUACAUCCCAAAUGGCCUUUCUGCGCGUGACAGCUUUGCUUUUUCAAGCCUACAGCGAUUUGUAGUACAGCUUGGAAUGCUUACAAUCGACGGGAUUAAUGGUGAUGUUCCUGUCGUGAUGGCCUUCCCUGCGAGCCUCUGCGGCCUCCACUCACCUGCUGGAGACAUUCCCUACGCAGAUGCUGACCCGCCGGACACAGAUGCGCCCCCCACGCCCACCCCCAUAUAUUCUGCGCCACGAGCAGGGCGGCCCAGGCCGGUGGCGGGCGGUGGCGGGGCUCCGCUCUACCAUAACACCCCGCCCCGCCCCGCCCUCGAACUCACAUCGAGUCCUAUGCGUAUUUACACCAACACCACGCCCUCAACCACGCCCUCAACCACGCUCACCACCACCUCCAAACCCGCGCUUACACGCCAGCACAGCUCUGGCGGGCUGGCGGUAAUAGAGGGCGUGGGCGGAGCGAUGAAGGUAGCAACAGACCGCCCACACCUGGUGUCAAUGGGCAGUGGGCGGCUCUCAACAGCUAUUACACUCCACCCGAUCAACGAGGGGCGGACGGUGCUGGGUGCUGGUGGCAUGGGCGUGGUGCCGGAUAUCGUGGUGAUGGGCACGGGCGUGGAGGCGGAGCACUGCAUCUUGGUGAACGCGGGCGGCGUGGUCACUCUCACGCCCAUAGCCUCUAUCGUCACCAUAGACGGAGUCACGAUCACGGCCCCAACACGACUCACGCAAGGUUGCACCAUCUGCCUGGGAAGAAGUAACUGUUUCCGGUUCAACCACCCAGCUGAGGCGGAGCACAUGAGAGCCAUCCUACCUAACACCAGGAUCAGCAUGGUGCCUGUUAACUUUUAUCCCGCUGUGGACAACCCAGAAUACUUCCACAUGUCCAAUGACACUGCUGCUGCCAUCACUAGUAAUGCCAGCGGCUCAGUGACACCUUCCGGAGAGACCAAGCCGCCCGUGCCACCCCGCAAGACACCGCCCACACCAUUACACCUCCAAAUUGCCCACACAGACACUCAGGAGUUUGUUGAUAAGGUGUCACGAUUUGAUAACCUCUCGUACAAUCGGGAAUCUCCACAGGACUCUGAAAGCCCACGAUGGUUUGUCAACGACAGCAUCAGGCCCACUUGCAACAGCAGCAACAACAGCAACACGACCAUGAGCAACGACAGUGACAGUGAUUCAGACACCCCACCAGAAGUUCCUCCACGACCUGAAGCUUCCAUGCGACCCUUUUCCACUUCUCCUUCACUUAAUGGCACGGCUGGGAGAGCCAGACCUCGGUAUUUUGGUGAAUAUAUUUACACCAAGAACGAUAUGGCUCCACCUCCAUUGGCUCCUCGUGUUCCUGUCACGUCCACUCGCUGGAGCCCAGGCAGCUCGAUUCCCUUAAAUUCAGGCUACCCAGGGGUGACUGGGGUGUCCACUGUAGUCUCCUCCUCUGGUAUGACCUCUGUUCACAACAUCAUGUAUCGUUCCUUGCCACCUCCACCAAGCUCAUCCAGCAGUUACCAAGUUGCCACUGCCCCAUUAAACCAUGCCCCACAUUCACCUGAUGCAUUAUCCAAUAACCUCCCACCUCCACCUUCAGUUCCUUUGCCACCCACACCCUCUUCUCCUUCAGUACCACCCACUGCUAAUACAACUUCCCCAGUAACCACUCAUUCGACCACUCUGUCAACCACAGCAACAAUGCCAUCUACAUCCAUGUCUCGUCUGUCUGGUCAUCACCGGACGCCCUCUAGUAACUCGGGUGUGACGUCAUCAUCUAUGACGGGUUCUUGGACACUGGGCAUGGGUGCGACAGGAGUUGGGUUGAGCAGGGAUGGUGGCAGAACGCCCACACGCUGUUCCCUUGAAGAUCUCAGACACAGUGAACUUCGGAAACAACAGGCGGUGGAGGAGCGGCUGAAGGAGCAGGAGGCAGCGGCGGCUGAGAGGGCUCGUCUGGAGGAGAUCCUGACCCUGUGUGCUGAGUACGAGCGUCAGCACCAGGCUGGCACCCCGUCCCCUCGGCCCCACCUCUCACCCCACUACACCCUCACCCAGAACAGAAUAAAGACAAAUGGUUCCCUUCCCCGUGACAAGCGUGUGCCCUCCUCCCCAUCAGCACUGUCAGCCACCCCCACCACACCCACCAUAGCCACCACGCCCACUUCUGCCACCUCACCCGUCUCUCCUGCCAAUGGCAUUACACCCAAGGCAUCAUCCACCUCAGAGGAUGAACUUGAUGCCAUAUUCAGUUUUGAUCAACCGGACCUAGGGAGUCCGGUCCAGCAUACUGCUUCACUCACAAGGAAUGGGACAUUACCAAAUUACCCUCCAUUUCCAAAUCCAGCCCCAUUACAAGCUCCAUCACACUCCCCAAGUCCAAACAGUCCAAAAAGCCCAUAUGAGAAUGUUAGUCCCUCAUACCUCACUUAUCCUAUGCCACAAAGCCCACGGACUCGAAUCAAGACCAUUGUGGGCAAGGAAAGAACAGAAAGAAGGGAUAAUUGUGAAAUCAUAGAAAAUAGAAUGGCCAUAUCAGAUUUCCAGGCAGGCAUAAGUGAUGGAAAGAAAGUUCGAAGUCCACGAACACCAAAAGAUAGUACAAAAAAUAAAGAAAAUUUAAGUCCAUUUUUAAGAUCUGAUUCUUCAAGUUCCCUUGACAUACCAGCCCCUCCCAAGCCUCCAAGAUCUCCUAGAAUAGAAAGAUCAGUCUUAGGGGAUUCUCCAACUGUCAACAGAAUGAGUAGUGACGCAAAGAACUCCGUAUCCACUCCACACGUCGGUUCAAAUGGGGAGGAUCUAACGAAGCCUUGCCAAGCCAAUUAUGUUUGUAACACAGUGAUGUCGACAAGCAUUGAUGAAGCAACAAAUACGUAUGAAAAUAGUCACAGUUCAGUGCAAAAUAAUCUAACUAGUUCGCUAACAAUGAACUCGGCAGAUAAUUCAACAGGCUCGUGUGUGUUUACUAGUCCCGAGGAUACGUUAGCGAGACAUUACCAUGGUAUCGAAGGAACAGUGUCUGCAGAUGACGACGAGGGAAGAGGAUCCAAUAAGGUGUUUGAGGAACACCUCAUAAAAAAUAUUCAGGAUACUUUUAAUAUCGAUGAUGUGCCUGGGGAGAUAGAGCGUUUGAAAGGAGUCAAGAAUGAAGUUCUUCAGUCCAUGACGGAUCUCAAGCGCACUGUUACAGAGUUAGAAUUCACUGAGGAUGAGGCGUUAAGAGAGCUGGAAGUUGAAAGGGCUCUGCUGGAGGGUGAACUGGUGCCGCUCAGGGAGAAAGUUGCAGCAGAUGAGGAGAGACUUGCAGCUCUUCUACAGAGGAGCAAUGAACUUGAAGACCGCUGCCAACAGGAAAGACACCAUCACCAGGAAGCCAUUGAGGCAUGUCGAUCGCGCCUUGAAGAGGCAGAGAGAGAACUGGAUCAGCUGGAGGGAAAGAGUGAAAACUUCAGUGGAACAACGGACGAAGAAACCGAGAUGCUGGAGACCCUUAAAGCCCAGCACGAGGCAGUAGAAGCUGAGCGAAAGUUUUUCUUUUACUAUAUUCGGUGGAAGAAGGCUAAGAAAGUGUUUGAGGACACCGAAUUUCACCAGAUGGAGGCCGAGGCCCACCGUGAGUCAGAGCGAGAGGAACUCAAUAAGGAGAUUGCUGAUCUAAGAGACAGGAUUACUAGUCGACGAGAGAGAAUUACUGAAUUAGAGAAGCACAUGUCGGAGAUGACGAACUCAGUCAGAGAAGAAACGGAAGUUCUUGAGAAAGAGAGGCAAGAUUACCUUUCCAGGCUUGCAAAGGAGCGAGGACGUCUGACUGUUGCAGAACGGCGUCUAGGGGAACUGACUCGCUUAGGCCUCAUUCCCUCCAAUGGCCAGUGCUCACCUGCUUGUUCGUCUGAUACUGAGGAGAGUGGUGCUCCCGAGUUGGUCGAGCGUUUAUCUCAGUUGCACUUCCUGGACCGAUCCCAAGAGGACCUGGACCGCAUUCAUCAGGUCACAUCCUCAACACCACUUGGAUGUCCAGAGGGGUCAUUAGGACGAAAAACUUCUGCCACCCUCAUGGAAAUAGAGCGGAAUCGUAAUCUACUUCUGGCCAAGCAAGGAACCUUGGUAAUUGAAAAUGAGAGACGCCGUGUUGAAGAGCUGAAGCGAAGGGUUGCCGAUGAGGUUAAGGCCCAGUGGGAAGAAAAGAAAGCCAAAGAGCAACGCGAAGUCAACUGUGCAUCGCUCAACAGUAUUGGGUCGGAGGAUUCAUCCUUAACUUCAUCUGACCUUCACACAGAGAGCCUCUCCAGUGAUGACGUCUUGGAGAAGAGGAGCAGCGGUGAGAGCAUCUCCCGAGACACCUCGCAGGUCAAGAUGCGGCAGCGAGAGUGUGAGAGUGGAGGUGGCGGGGAGGAAUCGAGACCCCUGAGUGAUGCCUCCUCCUGCUGCGAUCCCUCAGAUACUGCUGUCAAGUUCCGUGAGAAGGCAAGAACUCAGCAACGACCUCUGACGAGAUACCUGCCUGUGCGUAGCGAACAGCACUUUGAUCUCAAACAACACAUCGAGUCUGCCGGCCACCAAAUUGAACUUUGCCCUUACAUAAUUGUCACAUCAACUGCAUGCCGAGGUUAUCUUCAUAAACUAGGGUCAAAGUUCCGCACAUGGCAUAAAAGAUGGUUUGUGUUUGAUCGGUCAAGACGGGCGCUAACAUAUUACAGUGAUAAGAAUGAAAACAAGGCACGGGGUGGUGUAUACUUCCAAGCUAUUGAAGAGGUGUAUGUGGAUCACCUACAUUCUGUUAAAUCUCCAAACCCCAAAUUGACUUUCUGUGUCAAAACCUACGAGCGAACGUUCCACUUGAUGGCUCCUUCCCCAGAAGCUAUGCGCAUCUGGAUUGACAUAAUUUUUACUGGAGCAGAGGGUUAUCAAGAAUUCCAAGGAGGAACCUGAGAUUAAGAAAUAAUCCUUUGGCAGAAUGUUCAUCUGCUCUGUACUUUGGGGGCUUCCUCUUGGAUGCACAGUUUUGUUCAAUUUGACAGGUAUUAAUAAUUAUAGCAAAAACCUGAUCUUUGACUUAACAUGCCUUGGUUUGAGCUAUAAUCACCUGUCUGUUGAGGCAGAUAGUGAUGUGCACCUGUAAGGUCACGUCCUAAACUGUUUAGUUAACUAAUCGGGAGAUUUCCUUACCAAAUGACUUGGUUUGGAUUCUCUGUUUUAUAAUCUGUACAUUUAUGUAUAGGUAUAAUCGAUUCUUUCAGAAUUUGGACCAUGCUCGCCAAAUCCUACUUUUUGGCCAAAGAAUGGCUCGGUAAAUAUUUUUUUAAAUUAUUUCUUAUACUACUGUACAAUUUUUAAUGUACUAUGAAACACAUUAUUGUGCCUUCAUGAUUUUAUACUAAGUUUCCUGUGAUCCAUGAAAAGGAUUUUUAUACGCUCAAUAUUUCAUACAGACUUGAAUAAUGUGAAAAUGACUACUAAUCUGUAUUGCCUCAAUUUUUUUUUAACAGAAAAGGUCUGUUUUAUAUUUUCCAAGGCAGUCUACAGAUCAAUUCUUAAUUCUAUAUAUUUAAAAGUGUCUUCCUGGAGACAUGUCAGUCCGUUUUAUCACGUACUAUACCUUCUUACAGUUUAAUUGUAUUAAGCAAAUAUUUGAUAUACAGUAUUUUGCUUUGGUUUAAAGAGCUGCAGUCAUAUUUCAUUAUGAUAAAAGUUUUUACACAAGUAAUGAGAAGAAAAGGUUGUUUGCAGGCGAGAAUGUCGGGCAGGACAGUAUGGCACAAUACAAAUAUGAAAGAGUUAUUCCUGUAUUUAUUUUUGUAGGAUACUCAUUAACUGGGACAUGAUUAUUUUUAGGUGUAUUCACCAUGUAAUUUUAGCAACUUAAUAAGUUUCAUGUACGGCAGGCUAGGUAAUGUGUAGGUGCAUGUUACACAAAAUGAACAAUAUUGUAUGCUAUCAGAAAUUUUUAACAAUUAUUGUAGAGCUAUGUAAUAUCGGAGCUGCAGCUAUAAGUGGCUUACUGUAAUACAAAGUGCCGAUCACCACUUCUGUAAACAAAUUUGCAUCCCACUUUUCAUAAAGGAGCCCCACUUGCUACAAAUGAAAACUUUCAUGAAUUUGCUAUUUUCAAAUUAUUGCUUAAUAGAAGCGCUUGAUGACAAUGUUUUAUAAUUUUGUUGUCUGCUUUCUUAUAAUAAUAACCAGUUGGUUAAAUAGGGUUAUCGUUAGCAUACAAAUGGAGACGAUUCCUCAAGACAUUGUAACCCCUUCAAUAUCAAUAUAUUUUUAUGUUGUGA